ACACAUUUGGCCAACAUGUUUGAGCAUCUCAGCAUUGACGAACCCUUCGACUCGGUAGAGUACAGCGAAAGAUCAAAUCAGCCAGUCACGAGCGGAGUACGAUAUAGCGCGGAUCUCAGCACCAACGAAGGCGAGGUGCGAGUUGCGACAGCCAUGUUGUUUCUCGAUGCACAUAGGCUCCGUGGAGUGGCUCAACAUGUCUGGCGGAUGUACCUCGAAGGCGAGCUGGACCCUAUGGCUGCAUCACUUACAACUAACAGUGCCAUCGACGUCAUGCGAAGCAUACAACGCGACUUCGACAAGCUGAUUCCGGGUCGAGUAGACCUGAAUGAAGCACCCUGCCAUGCAUGUCUCUAUCUACCGGACCAGCAGCCUAGCAUAGCUCGAUGCCCUCACUCUGCAUGAUGUCAGCUCGUCUUGUCUUCAGCCUUCUGAUACCUGACUUGCUUGACGACUCCUCGGAUUUCAUUCCAAUUGUAGAGCCUUGUAAUACAGUGCUUUACCACGAGCCGGACUGUGAGCGUUAUACUGAUAUG